AUGACGAAGCGCACAUCAGACCAGUUUAUGCAGACCAACCCGUAUGAGGAUGAGUUUGAAGUGCUGGGCUAUGAAGGCGAUGCACCUGUAGUUGUGGUGGACGAUUGCGAUACUGUGCGACGCAAGAUCCGCGCCUUGAUCGACAAUGGGGAGAUGAAGGUUGGCGAGUUCCAGAAAGCAAUCGAUGUCCUGCCGACGACGUAUUCGCGCUUCAUGAGCCAGAAUGGUAAAACAAAGGGAGAACAGUCUUCUGUGUAUCUGGCAGCAUGGAAGUUUUUCAAACAGCGCGAGAUGAUGGGCAUCAAGACUGUGCCAAACAAGAAGGUUAAAAAGGCUGGGGAAGGGGACGGUCCGCCGCCUGUUGACGAUGUGGAGCUAGAGGGAGAGACCGAAGACAAAGUGCCAGUGUACGACACAUGCGACGAUGUUCGCAGGAAGAUCAACGCGCAUCUCAAGAAGCCUGGCGUGACACAAGCCUCCUUCCUCCGCGCUGCCUCGGCGUCCUUCCAUACAACCGAAAAGAAGCUGGCCGCCCGUUCACUAUCCACCUUCCGCAGCAAGCAUGGAGCAUACGAAGGCAACAUGUCUGACAUCUUCUAUGGCGCCUACGUCUACUUUGAAAAACUGCGCAUUAAAGAGAAAAAGCCAAAGAGCAAGAAGAGAGAAGAGAUGGAGGAGAUUCAUGCAGAGAGAGGAGGUCUGCUUAGAGAUCGUGCGAUGGACCGGGUGAUAACGUUGGUGAGUGACCACUGGCAUUACGAUGCGUAUGCUAGGACAGUCCUCAACGGUCAAACUUUCGGGUGA